AGUGGGCGCCGCGGGCUGGAGCCGCGGCUGGCGGCUGCCUGUCCGGGCUGGGUCUGGCCGAGCCUAACGUCGCCGUGCAGUGCGCCAGGUCUCCGGGAGAUGGCUUCUCCCCUCUCGCCCGCUACUCCCGCUAUUGUCUCACCUGGGGUUGCCUGACUCUGCGGGCUCGCUCACCCUCUCGGCCUAGAGGACCGCCCCCCCGCCCCCGCGCUGCGAGCUGGUCCUCGCGCCCUCUCCUGCCUCUUCGCUGCCCCGGGAACCCUGGGGUCGGCGCCCGCCGCGUGCAGCUCGGAGGGGGAGCGGCCCGGGAGGAGGCGGUGCGCGGCCGCCUCGCGUGGGUGCCGGAGCCGCCCGGAGCCGUGGAGCCAGCAGCCCAGGUCGCCGAGCACACGACACAUCAGGUUUUGCAGGAAACUCGCAGUGAACACAGGUACCCAGACACCAUGCCACAACCCUGCAGAACUGACAUUGCCAGGAAGUAGAAGACUUCCUUGUUUCUUCUGUCCCCCAUCCUCACCAUGUCUUCGACUCAGGGCAGUGGGGAACACUGGAAGUCACUGGAGUCUGUGGGCAUCAGCCGCAAAGAGCUGGCCAUGGCCGAAGCCCUGCAGAUGGAGUAUGAUGCUCUGUCCCGGCUUCGGCACGACAAGGAGGAAAGCAGAGCCAAGCAGAACACAGACCCCUCUCUCAUCAGCUGGGAUGAGCCCGUCCUAGACUUCUACAGCAAGCCAGCGGGAAGGCGGAAGGACCUCAAGCUCUUACGUGGUCUUUCUGGCUCUGACCCUACCCUCAAUUACAACUCGCUCUCCCCACAGGAAGGGCUGCCCAACCACUCUACCUCCCAGGGCUCCCAGCCUGGCCCAGAUCCCUGGCCCAAAGGCUCCCUGGCUGGAGACUAUCUCUACAUUUUUGAUGGUUCAGAUGGGGGGCUCUCUUUGUCCUCAGGACCGGGGGACACAGAUGACUCUUUUAAGAAACUGUCCCCACCUCCUCUGCCUCCCCGAGUCUCUAUCUGGGACACUCCUCCCCUGCCUCCCAGAAAGGGGUCCCCCUCAUCCUCCAAGAUCUCCCAGCCCAAUGACAUCAACACUUUUUCUUUGGUCGAACAACCUCCAGGCAAACUGCUGGGGCAUCGGCUCCUAGAAGAGGAAGAGGAGCUGGGAAGUGGGGGUCCAGGGCGCCUACUGGGGUCCAUGGACUAUGACGGUAUCAAUGAUGCCAUUACACGGCUCAACUUGAAGUCAACCUAUGAUGCAGAGAUGCUGCAGGAUGCCACCAGGGGCUGGAAGGAGGGCCGGGGACUCCUGAACUUUGGCAAGGACACUCCUGGAAAACCUGUGGCCCGGAGCAAGACCAUGCCCCCUCAGGUGCCCCCCCGCACCUACACCUCCCGCUAUGCCAACCGGAAAAAUGGGACACCUGGCAAGAACCUCCAGAUUUCUGCAGCUCCGGUGUGCUCCCGACCCCACGCCGUUGCCAAUGGCCAUGAGUUGUUUGAGGUCUCAGAGGAGAGAGAUGAGGAAAUUGCUGCCUUCUGCCACAUGCUGGAUAUCCUCCGAUCUGGCUCUGACGUCCAAGACUACUCCCUCACUGGGUAUGUCUGGAGCACUGUCACCCCAAGCCCGGAGCACCUCGGGGAUGAGGUUAACCUGAAGGUGACCGUGUUGUGUGACAGCCUGCGGGAGCCGCUCACUUUUACCUGCAACUGUUCCUCCACUGUAGACUUGCUCAUCUACCAGACCCUGUGCUAUACCCAUGAUGAACUGAGGGGUGUUGAUGUGGGUGACUUCGUGCUAAAGCCCUGUGGGCUGGAGGAAUUCCUGCAGAACAAGCACGCCCUGGGCAGCCACGAGUAUAUUCAAUACUGUCGAAAGUUUGACAUCGACAUUCGGCUACAGCUGAUGGAGCAGAAAGCUGUACGCGGUGACCUGGCCCGGACGGUGAAUGAUGACCAGAGUCCCUCCACCUUGAACUACCUCAUCCAUCUGCAAGAGAGGCCAGUCAAGCAGACCAUCAGCAGGCAGGCCCUGAGUCUUCUGUUUGACACUUACCACAAUGAGGUGGAUGCCUUCCUGUUGGCUGAUGGGGACUUUCCACUGAAGGCCGACAGGGUGGUCCAGUCCGUCAAGGCCAUCUGCAACGCCCUAGCCGCUGUGGAAACCCCUGAGAUCACCAGCGCUCUCAACCAGCUGCCCCCCUGCCCUUCCCGAAUGAAGCCUAAAAUUCAGAAGGAUCCCACCGUCUUGGCUGUGAGGGAAAACCGAGAGAAGGUCGUGGAAGCCCUGACAGCUGCCAUCUUGGACCUGGUGGAGCUGUACUGCAACACGUUCAAUGCAGACUUCCAGACAGCAGUGCACGGGAGCCACAAGCAUGAUCUGGUCCAGGAGGCCUGCCAUUUUUUUGGGUCCCUGGCCUUUACGGUCUAUGCCACCCACCGCAUCCCCAUCAUGUGGGCUACCAGCUAUGAAGAGUUCUACCUCUCCUGCUCCCUCAGCCAUGGCGGCAAGGAGCUGUGCAGCCCCCAGCGGACCCGAAGGGUUCACUUCUCCAAGUACCUCUUCCACCUCAUCAUCUGGGACCAGCAGAUCUGCUUCCCUGUGCAGGUGAACCGGUUGCCUCGGGAGACCCUGCUGUGUGCCACUCUCUAUGCUCUGCCCAUCCCCCCACCCGGGAGCUCCUCGGAGUCCAAUAAGCAGCGGCGGGUGCCCGAAGCCCUGGGCUGGGUCACUGCUCCGCUCUUCAACUUCAGGCAAGUCCUGACCUGUGGCCGGAAGCUUCUGGGCUUAUGGCCAGCAACACAGGAAAGCCCCAGUACCCGUUGGAGUGCACCUAAUUUCCAUCAGCCAGAUAGUGUCAUCCUGCAGAUUGACUUUCCCACCUCGGCCUUCGACAUCAAGUUCACCAGCCCCGCUGGAGACAAGUUCAGCCCCCGCUAUGAGUUUGGCAGCCUCCGGGAGGAAGACCAACACGUGCUUAAAAACAUCAUGCAGAAGGAGUCCCUGUACUGGCUCACUGAUGCUGACAAAAAGAGCCUGUGGGAGAAGCGGUAUUAUUGCCACUCGGAGGUGAGCUCACUCCCCCUGGUGCUCGCUAGCGCCCCCAGCUGGGAGUGGGCUUGCCUGCCCGACAUCUACGCUCUCCUGAAGCAGUGGACCCACAUGAACCACCAGGAUGCCCUGGGGCUCCUGCAUGCCACGUUCCCAGACCAGGAGGUGCGUCGUAUGGCUGUUCAGUGGAUUGGCUCCCUCUCUGAUGCUGAGCUGUUGGACUACUUGCCCCAGCUCGUGCAGGCCUUAAAGUAUGAGUGCUACCUGGACAGCCCCUUGGUGCGCUUCCUCCUGAAACGAGCUGUCUCUGACUUGAGAGUGACUCACUACUUCUUCUGGUUGCUGAAAGACGGCCUCAAGGACUCUCAGUUCAGCAUCCGCUACCAAUAUCUGCUGGCAGCCUUGCUGUGUUGCUGUGGCAAGGGGCUGAGAGAGGAGUUUAACCGCCAGUGCUGGCUUGUCAGUACCCUGGCCAAGCUGGCCCAGCAGGUCCGGGAGGCUGCCCCGUCUGCACGGCCGGGGAUUCUCCGCACGGGCCUGGAGGAGGUGGGGCAGUUUUUUGCCCUCAACGGCUCCUGCCGCCUGCCGCUUAGCCCCAGUCUGCUGGUUAAGGGCAUCGUGCCCAGGGACUGUUCCUACUUCAACUCCAAUGCAGUCCCCCUCAAGCUCUCCUUCCAAAAUGUGGAUCCACUGGGCGAGAACAUCCGUGUCAUCUUCAAGUGUGGGGACGACCUUCGCCAAGACAUGCUGACCCUGCAGAUGAUUCGCAUCAUGAGCAAGAUCUGGGUCCAGGAGGGGCUGGACAUGCGCAUGGUCAUCUUCCGCUGCUUCUCCACUGGCCGUGGGAGAGGGAUGGUAGAGAUGAUCCCCAACUCUGAGACCCUGCGCAAAAUCCAGGUGGAGCACGGGGUGACCGGCUCCUUCAAGGACCGGCCCCUAGCCGACUGGCUGCAGAAGCACAACCCUGGGGAGGACGAGUACGAGAAGGCUGUAGAGAACUUCAUCUAUUCUUGUGCUGGCUGCUGUGUGGCCACGUACGUCUUGGGCAUCUGUGACCGACACAAUGACAACAUCAUGCUGAAGACGACUGGCCACAUGUUCCACAUAGAUUUUGGCCGUUUCCUGGGCCAUGCCCAGAUGUUUGGGAACAUCAAGCGGGACCGUGCCCCCUUUGUCUUCACCUCGGACAUGGCGUAUGUCAUCAACGGGGGUGACAAGCCUUCCAGCCGCUUCCAUGAUUUUGUUGACCUUUGCUGCCAAGCCUACAACCUCAUUCGCAAGCACACCCACCUCUUCCUCAACCUUCUGGGCCUGAUGUUGUCCUGUGGGAUCCCUGAGCUCUCAGACCUGGAAGACCUCAAGUAUGUGUAUGAUGCCCUGAGGCCUCAGGACACAGAGGCCAAUGCCACCACCUACUUCACCAGGUUGAUUGAGUCCAGCCUCGGCAGUGUAGCCACAAAGCUCAAUUUUUUCAUUCAUAACCUGGCUCAGAUGAAGUUCACAGGCUCAGACGACCGGCUGACCCUUUCCUUUGCUCCCCGAACGCACACUGUCAAGAGCUCUGGCCGCAUCAGUGAUGUGUUUCUCUGCCGCCACGAGAAGAUCUUCCACCCCAACAAAGGCUACAUUUAUGUGGUAAAGGUGAUGCGAGAGAAUGCUCACGAGGCCACUUACAUCCAGAGGACAUUUGAGGAGUUCCAGGAAUUACACAAUAAGCUGCGGCUGCUCUUCCCUUCUUCCCUCCUGCCCAGCUUCCCUAGUCGCUUUGUGAUUGGCCGCUCACGGGGAGAGGCGGUGGCGGAGCGGCGGAGGGAGGAGUUAAAUGGCUACAUCUGGCACUUGAUCCACGCAGCCCCUGAGGUGGCCGAGUGUGAUUUGGUGUACACCUUCUUCCACCCCCUGUCCCGGGAUGAGAAGGCUGCGGGCACCAGCCUGGCUCCCAAGUCCUCAGAUGGCACAUGGGCCCGGCCGGUCGGGAAGGUUGGGGGAGAGGUGAAACUGUCCAUCUCCUACAAAAACAACAAACUCUUCAUCAUGGUGAUGCAUAUUCGGGGCUUGCAACUGCUCCAGGAUGGGAAUGAUCCCGACCCCUAUGUCAAGAUUUACCUCCUUCCUGACCCUCAGAAAACCACUAAGAAGAAAACCAAAGUGGCCCGGAAAACCUGCAACCCCACCUACAAUGAGAUGCUGGUAUAUGAUGGAAUCCCCAAGGGAGACCUGCAGCAGCGGGAGCUACAGCUGAGUGUGCUGAGUGAGCAAGGAUUCUGGGAGAACGUUCUGCUGGGGGAGGUGCACAUCCGCCUGCGAGAGCUGGACCUGGCCCAGGAGAAGACCGGCUGGUUCGCACUGGGAUCUCGAAGUCAUGAGACCUUAUGAGCCCAGCGGAGCCGUGGCCCAGGACCCCAGGCUCAUGGCAGAGCCGGGGGAGAGGACUCUCCCUGCUUGACUUGUCCCUUCCUUGUGUAGGGGCAGGGCCCGUGGCGGGGCUCCCCUCUGUCCCGGCGGAUCGGGCCUCCGUGGUAGGAGGCAAGGAGAGUAAAGAUGCUCUCUGCUAUCCGCUCCUCUUCAGACUACGUUUGGGUUGGUUGUGAUGAGCAGCCCCUUGGAGGCUGUGAGGGUGCAGCAAAGUUUUAAGUUUACCUUGUGUCAAGGGAGCAAUGCCUGG